UGCAAAUCCCCAGGGGGCAACUAAUGCAUUUCUCUGCUGAAAGCUGCCGAUUUUGAACACUCGCUGCAGUCGCUGAAGUGAUAACAAAAAAAAAGCGAAUUAAGCGCCGCACUCAAAGAGCGCUUCAGAAAAUAUUGUGGAAGUGCAUGUAGUGGAAGGCAAAGCAUAUUAAUAGUAGACAGACAAGGCAUUAAAGCAAGUGAAGCUGUCGAGUCUGCAAGCUUAUACAGCCACAAAGCUAACGGACGCCAUUGGCGAGCAACGCUGAUUGUAAAGCAAAAAAAAAGAUAUGAUGCCGCUGGAUAGAAGCUUAACAUAGACAUUAAAAAUUUGUGUGUUUGUGUGUGUGUGCGAAAAUAGCCGGAGCAGAGCACUUGAAAGCGAGUUAGUAAAAUAAAACACGUAAAUCAGUAGCCAUAUCGGCAACAGUAACAACAGCAAACAAUAAUGUUUAAAAGCAAGUGCUAAAUUAAAGUGAAUGCACAAACAACAAAACAGUAACGCAAGCACCGUGCCAAUGUUGCUGUGAUACUACUGACAAUGACAGUGAAUGAGAAAGGCGCUAGAAAUAAAGUGGAAUAAAUAAAGUAGAGUGCUCAAGAGAAUAAAGUUAAAAAAUCUAACAACUACAACCAGUGGAAGAUUUUGUACAAAAACAAAAAAAAAAUAUUAAAAUGUGUCGAGCGUUGGUUUUCUGCUGACAGCAGAAGAAAUUAACGCAAGAGGAAUGGCAAGUCACGGCAGUGGGAAAAAGGGCAGUAACUAGCAACACCACUGACGUCGCGAGAUUUUCAAAUGAAUCAAUUUAAAUACUGAAAGUGUCGCUAGACAAAGUGAAAUGCAGAAGAUAUAGAGUACGGCUGAAAGCAUAGUGGGUUGCGGAAUGUCAGCUGUUUGCAAUCAACUUAAUUUGUAUAGCAAGAUAGAUUGCGCAGGCAAAGCGAAGCGUAAAUGACGCUAAUCAUAUUACAUUUGAAGGCCUAUGAAGAGUACGAGGUAGAGAGAGAGAAAGGCGAACAGAGAGAGAGAGAGUAACAAAAAUUGUCGACGAAAAUAGGCAAGCUGAAAAAGAAGUAGCUUAUCUCGGAGCAAAGCGGAAGCAAAUGAAUGACACUAUUACAAGCUGAUUAUAGUUAAGGCGAAGCAGAACUUUAGCCGGCAAGCAAAUACACAAGACACAAGAAGAAAAUACAAUCGCUUUGUGGAAUUUAAGAAAAUAUUGAAAUAUAGCAUACUUUCGGGCUGAAACGAGAUUAAAAAAGCUUCCUUUUGGCAUAAAAUAAGAAAUUAUCGCACUUUCAGGGCACAUUUCAUACGAGCAGGCGCAAAAAAAAAUUAGACCAGCAUGUGUCGUCAUCACCCAUUCAAAUGCUGACAUCGCCUAUUGCAUAUUUUAGGGCGCAUGCUGCUAAACAAAUGCGACUGACACAUCGUGUACCACAUCACAGUAGCACGCGCGCCAUGUUCCAUACAUUCACUAGCCCAAUAUUACGACCAGCAGCCAUCCUCAUCCUCUUGGCCAUCUGUCGGCUAACGCUCACCUGCCCAGCUGAGGUUUGCAUGUGCAAGUGGAAGGGUGGCAAGCAAACGGUGGAGUGCGGCAGCCAGCAGCUGCCCAAUAUACCCGAGGGUAUGGAUCCCGGCACGCAGGUACUCAACUUUUCCGGCAAUAGCUUGCAAGUGUUGCAGAGUGAACGCUUUCUGCGCAUGGAUUUGCUUAAUUUACAGAAGAUCUACUUGUCACGCAAUCAGCUGAUACGCAUACACGAAAAGGCCUUUCGUGGCCUAACAAAUCUGGUCGAGUUAGAUCUCUCGGAUAAUAUGCUACAAAAUGUACCCACCAAAACAUUUCAGGACUACAGCUCGCUCAUGCGUCUCUCGCUAAGCGGUAAUCCGAUACGCGAAUUAAAGACGUCAGCCUUUCGUCAUCUCUCGUUUUUGACAACGCUUGAGCUGAGCAACUGCCAAAUCGAACGAGUCGAGAAUGAAGCCUUCAUUGGCAUGGACAAUCUAGAGUGGUUGCGCCUGGAUGGCAAUCGCAUCGGUUUCAUACAAGGUCCGCAUAUACUGCCCAAAUCGCUGCAUGGCAUUAGCUUGCAGAGCAAUCGUUGGAUGUGCGAUUGUCGGCUGUUGGAUGUGUAUGCAUGGCUUAAGAAUUACGUGACGCCGCAGGUGGAGGAGCCCAAAUGCAUAGAGCCACCACGACUGAAGGGUCAUACGAUCAAGUCGCUAAAUAAGGACGACCUCGCUUGCCUGCCUGAGGUGACGCCAACAUCCACGUACACAGAAAUCUCAGAGGGACGCAAUAUGUCGAUUAUGUGCGUGGUGCGCGCCAUACCCGAGCCGCAGGUGCUGUGGCUCUUCAACGGUCAAGUGAUGACCAACGAGAGUCUGAUCGAUAAUCUGCAUAUGUACUUUUAUAUUGAUGAGGGUGGUAGCGCGGAGGAGAAGCGUAGCGAGAUUUUCAUUUACAAUGUAGGUCCCGAAGAUAAUGGUACCUUCUCGUGCGUGGGAAAGAACAUUGCAGGCAUCACAUUCAGCAACUACACGCUGCGCGUCAUAACCAAGGAGCCGCCUGUGGUGAACGAGGUAUCCUUUCCGCGCGACUACAUGAACUACAUUAUGGCCAGCAGCACCGGAGCCGGCGUCAUCUUCGUUGUGUUGCUCUGCACGAUCGUGAUUAAGUGCAAGCAAAGACAGCCGAACAAACGCCAAAAAUUUGCAGGUGGUGGUUCCGUUACGAAUGUGGUAGGCGGCGGCAGCGCGCAUUCAACAAACACAAAUGCCAACGAGACGGCGUUGAUGAAGUGCUCCUCGAUACUCAACGAUGGCGAGUCUAUGAAUGGCGGCGCCGGUCUACUGAUGGCUGACGCAAUGACGCCAACGAAAAUGUGCAAAGAAAAUAGCGGCGUCAUUAUUGGUGGUCAGAUGAAGCAAAAUCUGCUGUUAUAUGCGCCCGCUCACUACCAACAACAAACGCCAACAGCUGCGACGUUAGCAGGCGACAACACUGGCAAAGCGCUACAGCUGAGCGUGAGCAUGGCUGGCGCUAGCGGCAUGCCGCCACCUAUUUUGGUAGGCAAUGCCAUGAGCUACUGUUCGCCACCUUCGUCAGUGCGCAACUACCAAGAAAAGAACCCCGAUUUAGUAAACGACGCAGAGAGCGGGAAUCACAAUAAAUUGAAAACAGCGUCCUCACUGGACGGAGACUAUGACGCGGCUAGCGACUGUUCGGGUCCAUGUAGCAUACAGGGCAUGUCAACGACACCAGUUCCCUUCGAUAGCUGCUACCAGCUGGCGCCGCAUUAUGGCUCACAAAUCAUACAGCCAGCGAAUAUGCAGCUGAAUUCUGCGGCCGCCUCACGCUUUGCCGCCAUGACAACAUUGCCGCGUGGCAUGCAACUGAAAACUGUAAUGAAUACCGUUUGUUUCUUGGGACAGGACGGCUUUGCGUAUGACUACAGCAACGCGCACAUGCAACAAGCCCCGUCACCACCGCCUUCGCAUCAUCACCUCCAACUGCAGCCACAACAUUCGCUAGGCGCCGAACCUUCACAGUCCCAGCACAUACAACAACAGAACUAUUAUCGCACCCUGCCACACAAUCGCGCGCACAAACAGCAACAAUUUGCCGCCUCGGCCGCAAAUCCUGGCAUGCGAUACAGCCUGGAGGCUGAGUUUCUGCAGCGUUCCGGCACACCAACGUACGACAAGUAUAUGCCCAAUGUGCGCUUCACAGCCGAGGGCUAUCCGCAGGCACAACAACAACAACAACAACAACAACACUUGAUGCAGUAUCCUUCACCGCCAGAUGGCUAUAAGAGCAGUCAAAGUCCAGCGCCAAGCAUGCAUGACGGCAGCGCGGGCGGCUGCGGCACUAGUAAUGGUGCCUCAACAAUCUCAACCGCUACAUUUCAACAGUGGCCACCUUGUUUGCCCGGCUAUCACGUGCAGGCCAUACGCUACCCGCCAACUUUUGUUGGCGUGCUAAGCCCGCAGGCACACACACAGCAGCCGCAUAUUGUGCAACAGCAGCACAAAUCCACAUCAACGGUUGUUCUAACGCCCAACGGUCAAACGAAUCAAACGCAAGUGCCCAUACCAACAACAUCCGCGACGUUUACCACAACGAGCACUAACACUGGCCCCACCAUGUCCACAUCAUCAUCAUCAGCUGCUAAACGUUUUGUAGCCGCACAAGCUGACGCCUCUACCAUACCCGAAUGCGAUGAGAAUGACGUUUCGCCCACCACAUCGACUGCUGCCAGUAGCAGUAAUGAUGGCAACAGCAGCAGCAGUAGUAGCAGUAGCAGCAGCGCAACCACAGUGACUAUGUCGGCAAGCAAUACAACAGCAACAACGACAGCCACUGCAACGGCAACCGAAGAAUCCUCAAAGCUGCGUCAUUUACAUGGACCGCUAGCUGAUAGUCCAGACGAAGGUUACGUUGGCGAUUCGCAUGAAGGUUCAGAUAUAUGACGACGCGGCGCCAAUGGCAGUUGUAAGGGGGUUAGUAGUAAUAGUGUUACUGCAUGUUCGCUCAAAAUGGACGACUCAGUGGAGCUGUAGAGCAGUUUUUCAAGUAAAUAUACAGACAAAUAUAGUACCCCUAAGCAUACGCAUUUCGAAAUUAUGGGUAGAAAGAUACGCGCGCCGGUACAUUUACUCAAAUAACAUACAAAUACAAUAUCUAGAAGGACACAUGCACUGCCCACAGUUGUAAUCAUUAAAUUGCAUUAAUUUAGUGCUUUCAAGCAGUAAGCACUUAUCCGUGAAACGAUGCGGUGGUCAAAAGUGUGCAGUGGCUUGGUGCUGCGGCAUCGCAUAAUGAACCUUAGCAUAUGAAUCCCUUUCUACACUAGCACUCUUCUAGGCUUUGUUUGCUCGAGGGCGGACAAUUACAUUGAAAAAUUUAUGUCCUUGCUAAGUAUCCAAUGGCUAAGCAAAAUUAUUGGUCUGUCUAGAGCCACAUACUGUUACCAUGUAUUUACUGUGCUAUGUAAAGCUAUUCUACAUAUUGUCGGUGAUACCGAAAAACGGUCUAUGUCUAGUAGUAAUCUUGACACUUUUUAUGGUCUAUUACGUGCACCGGAAUGCAUCUGUAAAUCUCUACACCCUAAUAAACGAAUGACAAACUGUCUACCUUUGGCUGAUGAAGAUGAACGGUUGCCAGAAGCGAUCCGAUAUAGAUAACAGAUCAUUUCAGUACCAGAGGUAAUAAGUGACAUAGAACGUUUUGCACGAUAUAAUUAUAGCGAAGCCACGAAGAGGAGUAAGGACGCUAGUCCUACCUAAUAAAAAUCAUUCAACUGCGAACAUAUUGAUGCUUUCGCAUUCCUCAAUCCUGUGCUGGCUUGUUACCAGCAGAGCAUUUGUCGCUUCUAUUUAACCCUAAUUCGGCCACUCGUCGAUUUUUGUGAACAUCAAC